AUGUCAAUGUCAGGCGGCAUGAGCAUGCCAUCGUAUACCGAUAUACAGCACUACUUCUGGAUCUUCACUGGUUCAGUCAUUGCAUUCGCCACGCUGUUCAACGUUCUGAACUACAUCGUACUCCGACAACGACUUUCUUCACUGAGCGCACGGCCACAGACGAUAUUGUCGACCUCAUACGCCGUCGCAACAGCAAUUACCCGAGAACUGUCUCAUGCUUCUCUUCCCGUCUACCGAUUCAGAAAGAUCAAGCUUCGAACACCCCAACUGGGACCUUCAUCUGUGGUGCUUGGCUUUUUGACAGCGAUAUUGGUCUUGGCCUUCUACGGCUACGACACCUUCAACCAGAGGCAAUGGGAGGACAUAGCAUAUCGGGUCGGCUCGCUCGCCAUCGCUGAACUGCCCCUCGUCUUUCUCCUCUCCGGCAAGCAGAAUCUGAUCGGACUUGUCAUCGGGUCUUCCUACGAACGAUUGAACUGGCUGCACAGAUGGGUCGCACGUAUAUUCUGGAUCACUGUCACCAUCCACAUGUCAUUUUGGUUUCGAUCGUGGGCUCGCUAUAACUACAUUCUGCGCAAGCUGGAAAUCGACUACCUUACACAGACAGGCUUCGCAUGCUGGAUUAUCCUGACAGCCAUCCUGCUCACAAGCUUCCUCCCAGUCCGAAGGCUCUCUCACGAAGUCUUUUACGGCCUCCACGUCAUCCUCUUCGCUGGACUCAUGGGCGCCAUCUACCUGCACGUCUCAGACAGCAACGUAACCUACUUCUGGGUCAGCGUCGCCAUCUUCUUCCUUGACCGCUUUCUGCGUGUCUGCACGACAGCGUGGGCUAAUCUUCCAAUUUUGCAUAGCAAAGGCCAAGCCUGGGCGAAUGCUGCGACUCUGACUCCACUGCCAGGAAACGUCACUCGCCUCAGCAUCCAAAACCCAGUUGUCAAUUGGUCGCCUGGGCAGCACAUGUUUGUGUCAUGCCACGCUGUGGUGCCACUGCAAGCUCAUCCAUUUACCGCCUCGACGCUGCCGUCAGAUGGGAAGCUCGAGUUCUUGGUUCAGGCGAGGAAGGGUGGUACCAAGCGGUUCUAUCGUUGGGCAAGCAAGAAUCUAUUACCACAGAGCAAUGCUACCACGUCGAUACAAACCAAAAACAUUGCCCUAGACGGGCCAUACGGCCGACACAGACCUUUGCAGCAGUUCGACAGCGUCGUGCUCUUUGCCGGCUCCACAGGUGCGACUUUUACUGUGCCGCUGAUGAGAGAUAUUGUGCAGAGAUGGAUGCACGACGAGAGGACUGUGACGAGGCACAUCAAGCUUGUGUGGGUCAUAAAAGCGCGAGAUCGACUGUGCUGGUUUGAUGAUGUGCUGGAACGGGCUCUUCAGGACGUGGCUGAGCUGCGGAGUCGGCACAGCCGGGAUGUACAACUUGACGUUGACGUGUACGUCACCUGCGACGAGGAGUUGGAGGCGUCGAUGUCGACCGACAUAAGAUGUGAACCACCUGAGCAUGGUGAAGCGGAAAUGACGACCAGCAGAUCGAGCGCUGAGGCAUCGGAACUGCUUGAGAAGAAGCAAGUCAACGGUCAAGCGACAAUUCGAGUUUCCAGCGACGCCGAAGAGAAGCAUGGCUGCACACCGGACGGCGGGUGCUGCUGCAAGCAGGCCGCGACCGACGAGGAUGAGCCCGCUGCCUGCUGCUGCAACCCUACCACGACCGAAGCUCUGUCCUCCUCAGGCUCAUCCUCCGACUACGAGAAAGCAAAGACAUCAUCAAAAUCACUCAUCAAGAUUCACGUCGGCAGGCCGAGAAUCCGGCCCAUCAUCCGCGCUAUCCUCGAAGACGCCGAGGGCGAAAGCGCGGUGGUCUCAUGCGGCCCACAGGGUUUGCAAGAUGAUGUGAGGAGGAGUGUCGUGUCAUUGAGCGACGAGCGGGCCGUGCAUAAGGGUACUGGUGCACAAGGCAUAUACUUGCAUUUGGAGGGGUUUGGGUACUGA